AUGGCGACACAGUCGCAUGCCAGCCAGGAAGCCGCUGCCAGUGGAAGUGAUCCAGAUAUCAUCCAGCCUGUGGGAAUUCUGGAAGGUCUUGACCCUUUGCCGCCAAUCCUCGGGUCAACGAGAUUCAAGAACACUUAUCAUGACAACCGCGACAUGCAUCGUAUGAACAAGAAGCAGGAGCUCCGCCGCAAUUUUCGAUUCCUCUCCAUAUUUGGGUACUCCUUGAUAUUGGUGAAUGGAUGGGUUCUUGCUCUCCCGGGUGCAUCUUCCAUUUUGACGAAUGGAGGCAGUGCCGGCGGUAUUUGGGGUUACGUUAUCGUCAUCUUCGGCAUGUCGUUGACUACGCUAUCGAUGGCUGAGAUGGCGUCCAUGGCGCCUUGUGCUGGCGGACAGUACCAUUGGGUGUCCGAGUUCGCGCCGAAGCACUGUCAGAAGUUCCUGUCGUAUCUUACUGGUUGGCUUUGUGUCCUGGGCUGGCAGAUGGCCUUAUGUUCGACGGCAUACAGUGGUGCGCUGGCAGUGCAGGGCAUCAUCAGCCUCGAGGUCCCGACUUACGUCCAGCAACUCUGGCAAGGAGUGCUUCUCACGAUUGCGAUCGUACUGAGCACACUCGCUUUCAAUACAGUGCUGCUUCGGAAAUUGCCAAGUUUCGAAGGCGCCAUGUUUGUCAUUUACGUCUUUGCGUAUAUCGCUGUCUUGACAGUGUUGUGGGUAAUGGGUGAUAGAGCACCGGCUCGAGCAACCUUCACUGAGUUCACCGACUACUCCGGCUGGGGUAGUGACGGCGUUGCAAUGUGGAUUGGCACGAGUGGAGCGAGUGGUGCUUUCCUCGGCUCGGACAGCGCAGCCCAUCUCGCAGAGGAACUGCAAGAUGCUGCCUGGGUUCUGCCGCGAAGCAUGGUGGCCACUGCGGUGUUCAACUAUGUCUCCUGCUUAUUCAUGGUCAUCACAUAUCUGACUGUCAGGGGUGAGACGACCCACGAACUGUUGAAUGCCGGCCAUCCUGCCUACGUAGAAAUCUUUAUGAACGCCACGCAAUCGAGAGGAGGGGCAACGACACUUACUACGAUAGUCUUCAUCCUCCUGCUGUUUGGCAUCAUCAACAUGGUCACCACCACUUCUCGCCAACUCUACGCCUUUGCUCGCGAUCGAGGGCUGCCCUUCAGCGCGUUCCUUUCGCACGUGCGGCCGGGCUGGGACAUUCCUCUCAAUGCCGUAACUGUCACACUAGGAUUCUCAGUAAGCUGCUCCUUAGGCUAUGGACAUUUUGCAGAACUGAUUUUGUGCGCAAGAUCUUGUCCAUCUUCAUCGUUCUCGGCUCGCCAGCCGCAUUCCGGACGCUUGGAACACUCUGUCAGUCUGCACUUUUUACCAGCUACAUGA